GAUUCGCUUCAACAUCGAACAAGAGCGCCCCAUAGCUUAGAUAAAAAAAAUGAAAACAUUGCCAUUGUUUGUACUAAGCAUAGCACUGGCAAUCGCUUCGGCUCAAGAGCCCGUUGAAAAAGACUGGUGGGAAACGGCACUUUUCUAUCAGAUUUAUCCACGUUCAUUUUAUGACACCAGCGGCGAUGGGGUAGGCGACAUCAAAGGCAUAACGGCUAAACUGCAGUAUCUGAAGGACACGGGAGUUGAUGCUACCUGGUUGAGUCCAGUGUUCAAAUCUCCGCAACGGGACUUUGGCUACGAUGUGAGUGAUUUUCUGGAAGUGGACGAGCUUUUCGGUACAAAUGAGGAUCUGGAGGAACUGUUUGCGGAAGCGAAAAAACUAGGAAUCAGGAUUAUUUUGGAUUUUGUGCCAAAUCAUUCGAGCACCGAACAUUGGUGGUUCAAACAGUCGGAACUUGGUAUUCAGCCGUACAGAGACUAUUAUGUUUGGCACCCGGGGAAGCCAGUGGCCGGCCAGGAUAAGCCGGAUGUUCCAAAUAAUUGGAACUCUGUCUUCUAUGGUUCCGCUUGGGAAUGGAGUGACAUCAGGAAAGAAUAUUAUCUGCAUCAGUUUGAGGUGACCCAACCAGAUUUGAACUAUCGUAACGAAGCGGUCAUUGCAGAGUUUGAUGAAAUUUUGCGAUUUUGGAUGAGGAAAGGUGCAUCCGGAUUCCGGGUGGAUGCAAUUAACCAUAUGUUCGAAGAUGAGCUGUUUCGAGAUGAGCCAGUUGUUGAUCCAUCGGAUCCGUUGAGCUAUGGGUACACAAACCAUAUGUACACAAACAGUCUGAUGGAAACCUACGACGUCGUGGGCCAUUGGAGGCGCGUCAUUGAUAAUUUCACUCGCGAAAACGGCACAGAAACUAUUAUCAUGAUGACAGAAGCAUAUACUAGUAUGGAUAAGAUAAUGCUUUACUACGAAUCAGCCGACAGAACCGAGCAGAGAGCACAUUUUCCCUUUAAUUUUGCCAUGAUUACAGAAUUGAACGCGGAAUCUAAGGCACGUGACUUCAAGUACGUCAUCGAUCGCUUCUUAGAGAAUAUACCACGUGGCAAGGUUACUAAUUGGGUUCUCGGAAACCACGAUCAACCCCGUGUGGGUAGUCGCUAUGGAACGAAACGAAUAGACGGAAUGCUGUUGAUGCUAUUGACGUUGCCCGGUGUGGCUGUAACUUACAACGGGGAGGAAAUAGGAAUGCUUGACUUUCGAGAUAUAUCCUAUGAGGACAGCAGAGAUCCUCAGGGUUGCAACGUGGGCCCCGAAGAGUACAAACGGAAGUCAAGAGAUCCACAACGAACUCCAUUUCAGUGGGACGAUGGUUACAAUGCCGGUUUCUCAAAUUCCAACAAAACGUGGCUACCGGUCAAUCCAUAUUUUCGACAAAUCAAUCUACUCAAACAAUUGGAAGCAGAUUAUAGUACGUACAAAUUUUACGUGGAUACUGUAAAACUGCGGAAAGAGCGAGUUUUUACACACGGCCAAUUCAGAUCACGUGCGUUGGCGGAAAAUGUGUUUGGUUACGUUCGGUACAUCAAUCGAAUGAACGAAUCAAGUGAAGAGAGCGAGCUGUACGCCAUUGUGGUAAUCAAUUUGUCAAACGAUAUUUCUACGGUAGAUCUAUUUGAUCUGUAUCCAGUUACUAAUAGAACUGUGAUUAGACUCACUGGUACUGAUUCACGGUACCAAAUAGGACAGCGGAUUGAUCCAGCUAACCUCUCACUGGGUCCGUACGAAUCACUUGUCAUAGCUGCGUCCAUAGCUACUAGUGUUCAGUUGUCCCUUACAAUGAUCAUUACGAUGAUAGCUAAAUACUUGUUCCAGUAAAGGAACGUCUUAGUAUCAGUAACAAAUAUUUGCAAUGAUAUUGCGCUGAACAAAACACUGAAUAAAUAACGGGGUCGGGAUAAAAAUGAAAAUGAGCACUUAACCUUUUUCGUCGCUGUGUACGAUCUGUUCAAUUAUGCAUGAGUCGAAUUUGUCCAUUAGUGCUCGAAGAGCUUUCCACUGACGAAGUUUUCCCGAAGAGAAUGCAUUUUUCAACAACUCAGUAAUCGGUUUCAGUUUCAAAUUAAUGGAACAUAUUUUCACAACUUGCCUAAUGUAUGCGCCAUUGUUGUGAUGCAUUACUUCUUGCCUCUAGCAGUAACGGAACAAAGGGGAUGUAAAAUUGUCAAAUCACUGUCUCAUAGGCGAACAAGUGGGAAGGUCGGUGGGUUCAUUCUAAAUUAAGUGUCGCUGUUCUAAGCUGUGUUUGGCAGAGGCAAUAAUUAGAUCCGGAAUUAUUUGUUGAUGGUUGAAAGGUCAACUAAUUCUGUUUAUCUACUAUUACUUCAUGACAUCAUUGGUGUUGUAUAUAAUUUCACCAGAUCGAAGAAGACCAUCAAAAUUAAUAUAGCUUAGCCUUUUUUGGCCUUGUUUGAAUUAUCAACCGUUUUCUCUCUUUCUUCCCAUGACUGAAGUUUGCAAUUAAGCAUGACUAAGCUGACCAACCGUACGGAAUUUGGGAGGACAGUACGGAUUUUUGGUCGCGCGUCCGGAAAACAUAUUUGUACGGAUUUGUCCGGAAUUUGUAUGGAAUUUUUAACCUCAGUGGAAGUGGAAGUACUCGACACCGAAACAUCUUCCACAAAAUGAAAACAGACUAAAUAACUUUGCAAACUAGUUUCCAAAAAUGCAAUUUUGUUAGCAAAAGAAAACCAGUGAACG